AUGUAUUCAUCCCUCGUCCGCGUCCAAAACACCUUCGGAUUCUUCACAACGGUAGUCUGUGUUGUCGCUGCCCUCAUAGCUGCCACGGACUUCCUUGCGCCGCGCACCCCUAGCGUGGGCGUGAUCAAGCCGACCAAUGUCCAAGUAGUCAAAGGCCGACCACACUACUACUCUCCCAAGAAGGAGGAAUAUGCCAUUAUCAAGUUCUCUCUCGACGCCGACCUGUCAUCGCUCUUCACCUGGAACACCAAGCAACUCUUUGUGUACGUGACGGCCGAGUGGCCGUCCGCUCCUGGCCAGAACGCCACCAACCAGGCCGUCAUCUGGGACAGCAUCAUCACGUCCCCUAGCGCCGACCACCUGGCGAACCUGGGCCCCAUCGCCAAGAAAAAGCUGAUCCGCAGCGCUCAGGGGAAGUCCAUCGACCCUAGCCGCGGCAAGCUCUCAAUCAGAAACCAGCGCCCCAAGUACCAAAUCACCCACCCCUCCGGCAAGAUGGCCGAGAUCGAGGACGUGGUACUGCGCGUGCACUACAACGUGCAGCCGUGGGUCGGCGUCCUAACCUGGAACCAGGACACCGACUUCUUCAAGUGGAAGGCUAUCAAGAAGAAUGUUAGCAAGAGGUUCUCCUUGCCAGCCAUAAAGAAGAGGGAAGAAGGAGGGGCGAGGAAGAUCGAUGCGAGCCAUUGA